GCACAAAUGCUUUAGCAAUUCAUUCAGUGCGAUUCAGUCAGUUGAGAGCUUGUCGUUAAGCUGUGUGGUCGUAAUUUUGUUAAACUUGAUUUUUUUUAUAUAUAUUUUUUUCUCAUUUGCUUUUAACCUCGAUGAAAUAUAUAGUUAUCAAUUGGAAUAAGUGCAUCCAAAAAUAAAAAAGUAUUACCACUUUCGAAUCAAAACGAAUCAUCAACAACAGAGAAAAAAAAAGAUUAAAAAAGUACAGAACGAAAAAUAGUUGCAAUAAAAUCCAAAAUACGUAGAAAACACGUCGCGCAAAGUUUAAAUGGAUUCAAAAAAAUUAUAAACAAUAAACACAGUUUGAAUAAAUUUGGGUAUUUUCCGAAACAACACGGAACAGGAACGGAACGGAAAGCCAACGAAUUUUGUUAUUCGUUGCUUGUAGAAUUCGACUUGUCGGAGGAAAGUUGUUCGGUGUCCCUGAUAUUGUUUAUUGUGCAAGUGUGAAUGAAAGAGAUUUCGUUUAGCUAAACGUAAAUCGGAUCUCCACGAAAAGCAUCGAUUUGAAGUAUAUCGUGAAUUAUCCCCGCUGCAAAAAUCCAUUUAAACAACUAGUUUUCGGUUUUCUCACUCUUUGCAUCCACUUCAAUCCCUUUGAUAGUAUUUAUAGUGUUGAGUUUUAAUAUUUGAUUUUUGUGUUUUUUUGAGAGCAAAAAAGAAACCAAUGCUUUUGUUAGUAUUUUUUUUAUUUCUUUGACAAAGUAACGAAAAUUGUGUUUCUUCUCGCGAAUACCGUUUUUCAAUCGCGGCCAAAUAAAAGUUCAUUUUUUUGAAAUUAGAAAGAGUUCGAAUAAUGAGUUUUCGCCAUCAAGGAUUAUUCUGAGCAAAAUAACAAAACAUCAGCCGUUUAACAGAUAAGUUCCGUAAAAACAAUCACCGUGCCGUGGAGAAUUUAGCAUAGACGGACGGCUAAGCGAUGCCGUCAGUAAAUUACGCCGCUCUUGGCGUGCUGUAUGCACUCCUUGGGUUUAUCGGUACAAGCGAUAAUUUAAUUGGUCGAAUGGUGAUGGCAGAACCACCGCAGCAAACAUGCCCAACGGUUGGUGAAAUAGCGCCCUGCUCAUGCAGCGUAAAAAAGAAUGGACUGGAUAUAUUGUGCGAAACCACCGACAUCAGUCACAUCAAUCAUGCAAUGACUAAACUCAAGCAGAGAAAUCCGAUCAUAUUUUAUUUAAAAUUGCGUCACAACAAUCUACCCAAGCUGCAAGGUUUCGUUUUUCUCGCACUAGAUAUUCGACAUUUAACCAUACACAAUAGCAGUUUGGCUGUAAUUGAAGAGACCGCACUGAGUUCAUUAGGUAAGGAACUUACUCAACUGGACGUAUCACAAAAUCAACUGCAGAAUGUGCCAUCGAAUGCGAUCAAAAAUCUUCAUCAUUUGCUGAUACUGAACUUGAACCACAAUCGCAUCUCGCAAAUACACAAUCGUGCAUUCGAAGGACUUGACACACUGGAAAUACUGACUUUGUAUGAGAAUAAAAUCAAUGUCAUCGAAGCGGAAGCGUUCCGUGGAUUGGAAAAAAAACUAAAGCGUUUGAACCUUGGUGGAAAUGAAUUGACAUCGGUACCACAACGAGCACUAUCCAUUUUUGAUAAUCUCAAAAAGUUGGAAAUUCAAGAGAACAAAAUUCGUGUUAUCAAAGAAGGUGAUUUUGAAGGAUUGCGAAAUUUGGAUUCGUUGAUUUUGGCACACAAUCAGAUCACCAAGGUUCCGGCCAACGUGUUCAGCCAUUUGACUCUAUUGAACUCUCUUGAACUGGAAGGUAACCAGAUCACGUACGUGGAUAAGGAUGCGUUUGCUGGCUUAGAAGAAAAUCUUCAGUAUCUUCGUUUGGGCGAUAAUAAUAUCCAUCAAAUACCGGGCGAUGCAUUACGACCUCUACAUCGAUUGCGACACUUGGACUUGCGUUCGAACAAUAUUACCGUCAUUCCGGAGGACGCGUUUAGCGGUUACGGUGAUUCGAUAACCUUCCUGAAUCUACAAAAGAAUGGGAUUUCGGUAUUGCCGGCUUCAGCAUUUGAGAAUUUAAACUCACUGGAAACGUUGAACAUUCAAAACAACAAAUUGACACGAAUACCCGAAGAAGUGAUGGAACCAAUUAUCGAUACGCUGCGAGUUGUCGACAUUGUCGAUAAUCCAUUGGUUUGUUCGUGCGAGCUGAUCUGGUUCCCCGAACUUUUACAAUCGCUUAAAGACCGUGACGACGAAAUGACACAGAAAAAGCGUCCAAUGUGCUUGAUGCCAAAUGAACACCGUGAAUACUUUGUGCAAUCAAUGCCGUUGGAGCGAAUGAACUGUGUGGGCAAACGUUUGGUGAAUUCACAAUUGAAUAGCGCUGCAAAUACCAAUCGAUACCAACUAAUGAUAUUGUUAAACUUACUAUCAAUGAUUUCACUAUAUUUUUGAGCGGAUUGAUGAAUACGACAGUACUAAACAACUAGAACUAAAACAAAAGACACAUACACACAAACAAACAAAAAUCCAACCAAAUUUAUACAAAAAAAACCAUGUUUGAAUCAUAGACACACUCAUACACAGCGAACAGAAUGUUGUAGGCAAAAUUACCGAACCGAUUUUCCGGGAAACACAAAAUGAUUUUAAAUUUGAAGUAGCUUGGUCAGACACUUCGAAAAUAAUUUACAGAAUGCUUUGAUCCGAACGAUAUGAGUCAAAUGUGCGGGAACCAAAUACACAGAAACAUGCGGGAAAUCAAGCGUAAAAGUAAUUUGCCAACGAAGUGUACGUAAUGAAGUGUUUUUUACAUUAUUUAAAAAAGGGAAACAUUGCAGUGCAGUACUGGCAGUGCUAGUGUUUUUGACAUGCUUUUUCAUAAUUCGCCCCCCCCCCCAUCGUUCGACUUCUGUUGUGGUUUUCUUCUUAUCAAAUAAAUAUUUUACGUUGCAAACUUUUGAGCUAUAUUCGGUAUAAAUGGGCAUUUCUAUUGCGAAUUCAUACGUUUUUUCAUGAUCAGAGAUGUUAGCCAUCGGCUAAAUGUUUCCAUCUAAUCACUUUCAAGUACUUUGAAGCAACAAUUUUUUUUCCUUUCAUUACGAUCGUUUUCCAAUUGGAAUUUUUGUCCCCCAUCCCAGAAGCCACAGAUUUUUACAACAACAACAAAACACUAUGAAGUGAAAACAUAAAAAUGCAACAGCAAACAUUUUCAUUACAAAUUUAUUUGUUGAUAUUUUAUUUGCAAAAGCUUUUGUUCUUGCUCAUUUUUACUUUUUUUCUGCUGCAGUGAUCAACUGACACAAUUUAUCGUUACAAAUAUCGUUUUCGACCUCUGUUUGAACUACAUGAUUUCACAUAAUUUAAAUUGAAACGAACAAAAUGAAUUGGGUGUGUUUCAAUUUUCCAAUCUUUCAAUCGGAUGUUUGAAUAAAUAAAAAAGCAAUUGGCGCAUAUUUUUUUUUGUUUAAAUUAGAAGAGAGAGAGAGAGAGAGAGGGAGAGAGAAAAACAACUAUGGAAAAUUGAUGCUAUCAAUGUGUUCGAUGAUAGCUUCAAUUUUCGGCCAAAUCAAUUCUCAACUUUUCAAUUGAAUUAAUAUUUUCUCGUCAAUCUUUCUUUCUCAUCUUCUUUCCCUCUUCACAUAGAUUUUUUUUUCACAAUUUUUUAUCUAAUAAAAAAAUAGCUCGUAUAUUAACGUGUGCAUAAAAGACACAAUAAAAGAAAUAUUUUUAAACGUUUACAUUUAACAAAAAAAAACACACAAUUUUAAUCAUCUAUCUAAAUGUAUAUUUGAAUCUUCGUUAAAAUUCAGUGGAUAUUUUACCUUUAUAAUCGAUCAUUAGCAUUUAAUAAAGAGAAAGUGAAGAGCGUGAUUGAACGCAAUGUGCGCUGUUAUUGACAUGAGAAAACACGCGCGGCAGCGACAUCAUCAACUAAUUUUCGAAAUGGAGUAUUUUCAUUAAUUUUCCUAACCAAAAAAAAAAAAACAGAGAGCAAAGCAAAACCAAACAAUUCUCAAUGUGAAAUGUAAUGAUAUUUAAAUUUUAAGCCAAAUGGAUAUUUAACUAGCAGCAAACAGCAACCAAUUUGCGUAAACAUAGUACGAUUUUUUUUUCUGUCAAUUCUCUUGCCCAUUCUAUUCCAACCAAUCAAUAUAUUUCUCUACAAAGAGACAUUUAAAACUUAACCACUUGAAAUUAAAUUCAACAAUCUAUGUGUACGUCUUGCCAUUUAACGUUUUUAUUUUAAACUUUCUCGACCGAAAAAAAAAGUUUCUAGAUAUGUAUUUAAAUUUUCUCACAUGCUAAACCAAAAUUAAAUAAAAUUUAAAAAAAAACUCCUCACAUAAAUCCAACAUAUGACGAGCGACGGAGCCACCGCAUUCGGUUGAGUUUGGAUUUGACAUUUUGCAUGUGGUAUGAGCCAAGGCGACGUGUAGUCACUUGCCCGUUUCUCAUUUUCCUUCCCGCUUCACAAAGUGAGCAAAAAAAAUUCCUUUUGAUCUUCUUACUCAAAUACAUGAGCGAUUUGAAAUUGUUGAGCGCGCUGUCAGUGUUUGUGCUAAUUUGUCGUGUCAAUCACAUGCUACUGUUGUACUCCAUUCUGAUUUCGAAUAGAAACGGCACAGUCACACACGAGCACAGCAGUGUGUAAAUGCCAAUUAGAUGUUGAGAAUUCAUCUGUUUGAGAAAUUGUUUUUAGCAUUUGAUUGAGCGUCAAAUUGACACCAACAACUUUGGCAACAGAAUCACUGGCAGCACCAACCGAACAUCACCAUAACCGUCACCUUUCGACGAACGGAAUCAAGAACAAUGCGACGAUAGAAAGAGAGACAACCACCGACUAGAUGGAGAAAAAAAAAACCACAACAAAAGAUGUGUGGACGGUAUAAGUUAUUUGUUAUCAAAGUCAGAGAUGAUAGCACAUAAUUUAUAUGCACACAAGUUAUGAUAUUCUUCCCGCUCUUCUACCGACGAUUCGUUUCGAAAAACCAGAUGAUGAACACGGGAGAAAAAAAAAGCACAAAGAAGAAGCAAAAAAUUGAAUCCAAACACAUGCACACACAGGAAAGUGAAACAGUCGACAAACACACGAGCAACAUUGGAAAUCACAUCCAGACAUAUUGGAUUUUUCUACACCAAGCUCUGCUUGCUUGCACGUUAGCUCGUUUGUUCUGCUUUCUCGCUCGGCUCCGCCUCCGAAUAUGUCAUAUGAUGAGAAUUUAUGGGGAUAAAAUAGAAUCUAUGAAAUGUGUUUCAGUUUCAUUUAAUACAAUUUGUGAUUACAUUAGUCUAAUUGUUGAAAAUAUCGCGUGUGUAAACAUAAAAAACGACAAGAUUCUAACGAAAAACAAACCAAAGAAGAAGAAGAAGAGGAAUACGAAAUAAAAUUCAAAUGAAUGAAUGAAAGAAAUGGAAGAAAAACUGUUUUUCGUUGGCUUAAAAUUGAUUGCAAUUUAUAUUACUCUGUGUCAUGUAAACAUAAUUACUAUAACCAUUGACUACUUUUUCUCUCUAAAACGGUUUAACUCUCGUUUCUUUUCUCCCGAUUUUCAACUACACUGAAUUUUCAGUGUCAAUGCACGAAUCUUGACUCGAUAAAAGAGACCAACGAAAAAAUAAAAACUAAGCCAAUAUUCAAGACAUGAAUAACACAGCAACACAACAAAUUACAUUUUUUUUCUCACUGGUAUACUUUUCUUUAUGCUAGAUCCACAAGUACUUUCUUUGUCUGUCUGUCUGUUUUGUUCCCUUUUUCCUGAUUUUGCACAUCAUUGUAUGUUUUUCUUUACUUUUUUCUCUUCAUUUUGUAAGUUGCGCAGAUUUUUUGUUCUUUCUCAAUUCAAAACCACAAUAUAGUGUGAGCACAAUCUCGUGCGCGAUUUAUUAAAAAAGGUGUUUGUUGGCUGAAUGAUGAAAAAAGCCUUUUUGAGCAUUUUUCAGCGAAAUCCUUUUCGCCAGAAAAAAAAAUAAAUAAAUUGAAGUAUUCACCGUCGCUUUUUUCAUGCCAUUCAGCACGUUUAAAUCGCCGAAAUUGAAUCCAUUUAACGGAAUAUACAGAAAAAGAAGAAAAAAAACCGUAGGGCAACCACUCAGAAACCAAAAAAAAAAACUCGUAAAUAUCGUAACGUAAUCAUCAUGAAACUCAAAAAUUAUACUUGUUAAAUAUAGAUAUAUGAAUAAAGAGAGGAGCCCCUCUGAUACAAUAUUUACCAGAAAAUGAUAUAUAUAACAAAUAUAAAAUAGAUCCAAUAACAACAACUACAACCACAAAAUGAACAUAACAAUCAACAAGAACAGCAACCCGAAAUUAAUGUUAAACACACAUUUGUAAUUGUGAGACUCUUAAAGUAUAUCUCGUGAAUAGAAAUCAUAUCGCAGCUGAAAGCUAAACAAAAACACAUGAUAAUCGAAAGAUUAACCAAAAUGAAUAUUCAGCAAAACAUAGUAAAUAGACUAAUAAUAAUGUUUUCGUUGUAAUAUCCAGAUUCUAAGCCAUGAACAAGACGCAGAAGAAGCAAAUAUCAGCAAAUCAAAUAAUAGUCAUACAUAUUUUUCUCACUUUCAAUUUUGCAAAAUCUAAAUGUUUUAAUGUUGAUGAGAGACCGAAAGGAAGAAGAAAAAAAUCAACAAAAAUCUACAUGUAAAUUCGUUCCAAUGAAGUUAUUAAUUUUUAUUCUUGUAAAGAUGCAACAAUCUAACCAAACAAAAACCAACUAUAUAUUCUGUAUAUUUUUCAAAAAAAAAAAUUGAUUUUUUCUUUCUUCUAAGGAUCAAAUGUUGUUUGCUAUUCCAGACAAGGUGGGCAAACAACAUUCAGUGGAGUAGGUUAUGGAUGUAUGGAGUAGGUUAGCUGUGAAAUCAAACCAAACAAGAUGGAACAAGAAAACCAACUACCGAUUUUUGAAUAUUAGAAAAACGAGCCGAAAUGUUUAGUGAAAAAGUGUAAAUGUUUUUGAAUAAGUAAAUUCAAAAUUGUGCGUGAAAAUGAUUGUAUCAUCGUGAUUGUAUCAAAAAUCUAUGUACUAUAGUGAUAAUGAGAGAUGUCCAAAUUGAUCCCAGACCACAUAUGUGGUGGAUAACCGCAAAAUUUCCUAAUUUUGUUAACAAUUUUUCGUUUUCGGUUUAAAAUUUGGAGCGGUUUAGGUGUUUUAUGCGGUGAUGACCCAUUGUAGUAAGCAUAGAUCAGAAGAUAAGUGACUUGCAAAAACAAAAUAAAUGAUUGAUUAAUUAGAAAAGAAACGAAAUGGACUAAAAAGAAUUUGAAACUCUUCAAUUUAACAUAUCAAAUAUAUCAAAAUACAUAUCCAAAAAUGAAUAACCUUUAGUGAUUGAAAAUGAAUUUGACACUCGAUUUUUUUAGUCUCUUUUAUGUUGUGACAUUUGUACGCGCCACAAACACAAACAAAAAGCAUUUAUUCAAAUUAAAUGAUAUAUCCACAUGACAUAUCAAUUGUGUUAUCGCUUAGCGCCUUUCUUAAUACGGAAACCAUAGAAUUCAGUAGCCAUAACGACCGUCUAAUCGGAUGGAAAGAGGGCGUGGGUGCGUGUGUGUGUGUGUGUGUCUGUGUUUGAGGGAAAACACUGAUUUUUAUCUCUUACUUGACAUGAGUCAACCGUUCGCGGUUGUCUACAAAGAAAUUACACACCGCAAGAUAUAUCAACACAAGAAUUUCGAUCAUUUUACCACAAACACACACACACACACACAUACACAUAUCAUGGAUGCUUUUAUUUCACGUUCUAUUCUAAAUAAAUGUACAAAUGUUCGAGAACAAUCUUGAACAUUUCAACCGUUUGAAUGAAAUGAAUAGUGUUGACGCUCCUCAGUUGGGGUUGUUAGUCACGAAAAGCAAAAAACAAAAAAAAAACAAGAAGAUUAUGAAACAAUUAUAAUACGCAUUUAAAAUGUUUGUUUUCUAAUGAUUUAUUUUUUAAAAAUACAAGGAACCAGCAAAUCUAAACAUAUCAAAUAUACUCGUUUAUUGAAAUUAAACUAAUUCGUAUUACAUAUCACAUAUCACUUAGAAUAUUGAUGUCGAUGAGGUUCUUCUACGAAGACCUGUAAAAGAGUUCACUUCCAAUUUUAUAACGGCGCUUGUGUAUGUAACGAGGCUAACUUUCGGUGAUUUUUUUUUUUUCAAGCGAAAAGAAUGAGAGAAAUUACGUUAAAAAAAAAACACGAAAAUGGUUACCUUUUUCACCAAUCGAAUUGUCCAAGUGAAAUUCUGAAGGGAAAAAAACAACCAAAACAUUGAUGCAGCUCUUCAAAUCACAUGGGAAAUUACUUAUGUUCAAAUGUGUAUUCGACUCAAAAUUCCACAUUCGGAAAUGUAUUUGGCUAAUUCUCUCACAUCAUUUUCGUCGAAAUUGGUUGAAUCAACAUUUUCCAUUAUCUAUUCGAAUGCUGAAUUAAAUGCUUGCGAGAGCAAGGAAUUUGGUGCGAAUUCAUUUGGAUCAUAUGAAAUUGGUUGCGAUGAAAUGAGAAUUCAGCGAUUACAUUUGAAUCUCGUUUUGAAUGCCAACGGGUGAGAGAGAGAGAGAGAGAGAGGGAGAAACCAUCUGUAGUGUAAAUCACAUUGUAACCUCGUGUCAGAAAAAAACCAUGUUCAUUUUCGCUUGAAAUUCGGCAUGUCUAGGCUGAAGCCAUGCAAUGCGCAGAAUGGCAUUUUCUCGGUAUAACAGCAAGCAAACGGAGAUAAGAGUGUGGCGAUGCCCCAUGAGAUAUGAACGAUAGAGAGAGAGAGAGGGAGAGAGAGUGAUUCAAUGAGAGAAACGAAGAAAGAAUGAAAAACACACACCCGUUUUGUCACCCGUUGAGUACAUUUAUAACGUACGAGCUUUGUACAUACACACCACCGCAUGUGCACCAUCAUCUAAUUUCAAAUCGUCGGCGAAUCCGAUAAAUUCCCAGAGAUACAAGCAGAAUAAAAUGUAAUACACAUACAACGAGAGACUGGGUUUUAUUGCUCUUUCAUCGUGUCGAUUGUUCCAAUCACUUGAAUUUUCGACUUCGAAUAUCAAACUUAAUAAAUAAAAUCCAGUGUGAACGGUGUGUCGUCGUGGCGGAUGCCGAACAACAAACGCGGAAAAUUUAAUCAAACGAAAAACAACAGACAUAAAGUGAAUUACGACGAUGGCAGUGGUGGUGGCGGCACUGGUCGUAGAUAUUUCUAUCGGUUAAUUUGAAUGAAGACGAUUCGUUGAACGAGCGAGCGGGUGACGGCAACUACCAAACGCACGCCUAUUUAAUUUAUGUCGUCUGACUUUGAUAUGGAAACGAGAUAAAUCUGUACGUACAUUGAAUGUAUAACAAAAGCAGACUGAAAAAACCAUCAAGUUUUAGGUAUGCUUUUGUAAGAUCGCGUUUUAGUGAAUACGACCGCUUUUUUUGCCCUGUUUUGUCGCUAGAAUUCUGCGAUUUCUCUCUCUCUCUCCCUCUCUCUCUCUUUGUGCACAAAUCGUUUCAAGCGAAAUCAUCAGCGCAACUUUUCCAUCAACCCGAUAUCAGGAAGUUGAAUGCGAAGAUAGUUGUUCAUUAUUCAAGACUUUUCACUUGAUUAUUAUGAGCUGGCGCUUCUCGCAAAUAUACUUGUUACAGAAGAUUUUGCAUUCGAUACGAAAAUUAUGCGCACAGUGAUGCAUUUUGUGCGGAAAACAGCAAAACCUCAUUUUUCCCAUUACACUACUAUGACGUGUCAUAAUUUUCAAGUGAUUCCCUCAAUGUCGUCCUGUCAUGCUGUGCACAAAUCAUACCGUCGAAUAUUAAUCGUGAAAAUAUCGUGCACGAUAAUGAAAUCGGCAAACAGCCAAAUAUUGAUAUGAAUUAUGAACAUUUAUUACAGACAUUUCGAUUCACAUUUUAAAAUGAAAUUGCUGCAAUGCGCGCAUUUGAUUGAGUUACAUCCUGCACUAAUUAAAUAUUACCUAUUUAUUCGCGAAUGAAUGCAUUUUCAGUUGGUUGUGCGUGUAUAUUGCACCAAUACACACGGUAUGUACUACGGGAAAAUGUUCCACUAAAUGUGCAAACGAAGUUAAUCAAAUUGGAAUAGCGAAACAAGUGAACUGAACGUCAGCGCUCGCGAUUCGUUUAGUCAAAAAUAAUUUGCAACAUUUUGAAUAAUUGAUGUGAAACACAUAAGCGAAACCGCAACCAAAUGCCAGAAAACAAAAACUCGAUACCACAACAUGGACGAUCACUAUUGCGACCCGAUGAAAUCACACCUUUGUUGAAGUGGAAAAAAUAGUGGAAACGAAUAAAAAAAGAUGUUUUUACAUAAAUUGUCGCGCGGUUUCCUAUCAAUUGUCGAUCGAUUUCAAUCAUCCAGGCCAUUAGCAAAUGUGAGCGAUAGAUUAAGCAUUGAAACGUUGUGAAAAUAGUUGGUGAAAUAAAAGGAUUUGCUGGUCACAUAGUUGGUAAAAUUAAUAAAUACUUUCGGGGCAUAGGCACCGUUUGAAGGUAUCGCUACAUACACUAGCAACGGAAACAAAAAAAAACCGUUAAUAUCACGCUAUUUGAAUAAAGUGCGUUUUUCUCUUCAACCUGAAGAGUCUAAAUUGCGAGAGAAAAAAAACACGCAAAAACACAAAUUUCUAAACCAAAAACUAUUAACAAACAAAACAUAUAUCACAAUCAUAUCAGUAACUACGUUUUUUUUUAGAUGUACCCUAAGAUAAGGCCGAUCAUUGUUCGAUCAAAACUAAUUUGUCAAACUACCAAUUGCGUAACAAACAACCAAAAAUUAUUAAACAAGAACAUUUGUAUAAUUCCAUACGAGAGAGUGAAAGAAAGAUACAGAAAAUGAAAUCAAUUUAAACUAUAUAAGCUAUAAAUGUAUUUGAAUUAAAGAAAUUUGAAGAAGAAAAAAACAAAUCUAGUUGUACAACUACAGUGUAACAGAUCAACAAAUACAUAUCCUUUUAUGAAUUUACGAUUAGAUGCGUAUAUUAGCAAAAUGAAUGGAAAUUAAGAAGCAACCGAUUUUAUCCGCAUGAAAAAGCAACACAAACACCUCCAUUUCGCGCAUUUUCAUCACUUUAAAUAUAAACAAUCCGCUAUUUAUUGAAAGACAAAGUCAACAUUGAAUUAGCUUAGAACGGUAUAAAUGAGAUAAAAACCAAACAAAUUGCACAUAUAUCCAACAGCAACAACAGCAAACAAGUGCAUCAAUAUAUUUGCAUGCUCACGAUUAGAAAGGUGGGCAUAUUAUUAUACAUCAUAUUUUGCGGCUGUAUCGCCCAAAUACACACUAUUGCUCCCAUAUACAACAACAAGCAAGUACCCAUACAUAUCAAUUUUCAAUGCAUAAACACAACAACCCAAGGAAAACGUGUUUUUAAAUGUAAUUGAUUUUUUUCUGAUUUUUUAUAAGAAAAUUUAUUGGACAUAUAAUUAUUAAAUAAACAGUUAGAAAAGCGUUUGAAAAUUUCCAAAUUUAUCAAGAAAAAUUAUAGUCGUAACUAAAUUGGUGCCGAUUACUUGGUGCCGCUCGUCAUGUGUGUGUGUGUGUCAAAUCUGAAGCAUUAGCUCAGUUUGACCGAUGGUAACAUCACAAUUGGCCCAUCACACAUUGAAAUACAAACGAAAAAGAAAAAAAAAUAUGGAAAAAAUGUGUAAAACUUUCAAUUUUUUCUAAAGUGUUAUAUAUUUAAAGAAGAAAAAAAAACUUUCUGAAAUAAUUAGAAAUGAACGCAGACCGUGAAAAUUGAAAGAAUUUUUCUUUUGUGAAAUUGAAUUAAUCUCUGCAGUCAUAUACUUCAAAUCGCAUAUUCGAACAAAUUACUUAUUUUGUUUGGUAUUCCAAUUUUGAUUUCCUUUUCCAAGUCUAAAAGUUUUCUUUUCCUUUUGUUUCGUGUCAUUUUCAAUUAAUUUAUCACAAAGUACGAUUUUAUCAAAUGAGACAAGAAAAAAAAUGAAUUCAACGCUUUUUAAUGUCUAGAAUAAAUCCUCUGGUUAGGUGUAAUAUUCAUUUAUUUCGUUGAGACUGUGUGAUCGGUUUACGCUUUGGUCCGUUCAAUUCCAAUUUUGGACUAUUCUGCACGUGGUUUUGGACUCACACUUUUCAUUUCGAAACCAAUUUUUCGUUUCUUUCCUUUUUUUCCCAAUCUUCGCACACAAAAUACAUUAUAUGCAUCUAUAUAUUUUAACAAACAUGAGAUAUUAAUUUAAGGACAAAUGAAAAAAAUAAACAACAUCGUCAGUUUUGUUAAUGUUUCGCGUUAAACAAAUUUCACUUCAUUUGACAAAAAUACAUAUUACAAUAGUUACACUAAAUAAAUUCUGUCGAAUAUAUACAUGUGAACAUUUCUAUGCCCAAGCAAUCAAACUCAAAACCAAGAAAAUAUUCAUGUAUAUCGAAUCACACAAACCCAAACGAAAAUGGAUAUAUUAUUUUAAAACUGAAAAAAAAUAACCAAAAAUGGAAAAAUUCUGUAAUAUUUAUAGGGUUAUUGGAAAUACUCUUUGAAACUCAAAUAAAAAAAAUGAAAUGAUUACCAAAAAAAUGUAAAAAAACGCUGCGAAAAAUCAA